UGCGCAUGUCCAGUUCCGAGUAAGGAUGAGUGAUUAUGGAAGUGUUAGUAUGUCGCGUGUGCCAGUUUUAGCAAUUUUGGGCUCUACAGGAUGCGGAAAAUCACGUUUAAGCAUCGAAUUGGCUCGCAAAUUUUCCGGGGAAAUUAUUUCCGCCGAUAGCAUGCAAGUAUACAAAGGUCUGGAUAUCGUCACUGCAAAAGUGACUAAAGAAGAACAAGCAAUGGCACCUCAUCACAUGUUAGACAUCGUGGAUCCUCUGGAUCCAAACUUCACCGUGGUGCAAUUCCGGAAUAUGGCCACACCAAUAAUAGACGAUCUUCUGGCUAGAGGAAAGCUACCGAUCAUCGUUGGCGGCACCAAUUAUUACAUAGAAUCUCUUCUAUGGCAAGUAUUGAUAAGCGAUGCAACUUCGGCGUUUGAUGAUUCGGAGAGGAAGGACGCGUCUGAUGAACCAGGGGAGGAAGAAAACGAAGAAGUUUCGCCUUUGAAGAAGAAGAAGGUCGAAUUAGAUCGGCUCACCACAGAGAGUAACGAAGAGCUUCAUGAAAAGUUGAAGAAAGUUGAUCCAGAUAUGGCUAAGAGAAUUCAUCCCAAUAACAGAAGGAAGGUCAUUCGAUCUCUGGAAGUAUUCGAGCAGUACGGUGUGCAGCAUUCUGAACUCUUGAAAGCUCAACGAACUGCUGGUGGUUGCGGCUUAGGAGGUCCCUUGAGGCAUCCCAACUCUGUCAUAUUGUGGCUCCGUUGCGAUACGAGAGUCCUUGAAGAGCGGCUGGAAAGUAGGGUCGAUGCCAUGAUGAAGACCGGUCUGGUGCAGGAACUGCUUGACUUUCAUCGACGAUACAACGAACAGCGGAUUAAGUCCAACACGUCAGCCGAUUACACGACGGGCAUCUUCCAGAGCAUCGGCUUCAAAGAGUUUCACGCUUACCUCGUGCUACCCGAGGAAGAGAGGCGAGAGAAAAAGGGUCAACAAUUGCUGGAAAAAGGCAUCGAAGAGCUGAAUCUAGUUACGAAAAGAUAUGCAAAAAAGCAACAGAAAUGGGUCAUGAAUCGUUUAGCACGUCGCAAAGAUAGACAGGUACCACCAAUUUAUUUACUAGAUUGCACGCAUGUAGAUCGAUGGGACAGUUGCGUGUAUGAGCCAGCCGUGGCGAUAUUAGAAGCUGUGCUAAGGGGAAAGAAACCUGAGCAAAAGCCUUUGAAUGAAACCAUCGAAGAUCAGAAACUUACCGACAGUAGCAACGAAGAAUCACAUUAUUGCGAUGUAUGCGAGAGGAUUUUCAUUGGAGAACAUCAAUGGAAUGCGCAUAUACAUGGUAUGAAACAUAUGAAGACUGCGAAAAAGAAAAAGAGAUUAGCUGAAGAAAAACAGGCAGAAGAGAGAGUCAAUGAUAAAAGUUGAUGUAAUUAUUGUAAAAUAUGUUUUAAGAGAAAAUAUUUUUUACAUGUUUUAUACAUGUCUAAGAAGAUCA